GCCAGUCAUCUGAAUGGAGAGAAGGAUGCCGAGGAGCUUCAUGGGUACAGUGGCUGUGUGUGUGUGUGUGUUUUCGCCUGGUAAUGUGGUGGUCGUGUGUUGUGUUUUGAACUGAGGGGGAGGAGACAGAGACACAUCAGCAUCUGAAUGAAGCGUGCGAGCCGUCUGAAAGCGCUGCGAGUCUGGGCACACGGGGUAAACAACACCGCCACCAUCUUACUACCGUUUAUAUGCUUUUCUCCUCAAUGGACGGGCUAUUGUUCAACCCGCAGAUGAUGGCGGACGUCAACGGCAACAGUAAGAUAAUGAACGCAGAGCUGGAGGUGAAAAAGCUCCAGGAGCUCGUGAGGAAACUGGAGAGGCAGAACGAGCAGCUCAGGACGAGGGCGAACGCCGCGAACAACUGCACCUCCAGCGCCCGUCUCGGCCCAGACACCGGGAAUUACCGCCUUUCCCCCUCCUGUGCUCCGUCUUUCGGACUGUCGGACGAGCACUAUCCGUAUUUUCACCCGCAGUCGGCGACUGGUGCUGAGGAGGAGGAGGAUGCUACUGCGCUGGACGAGGUGGAAGUGCUGGACCUUCUCGUUGUUCUUCCCGUCGACGGAGAGUCUGAUUACAGCUGGUUGUACGUGUCUCCAAAAGCAAAGCUGUUUCCUCAUCUUCUCCUCAGUCCUCUUCAGUGGUGCAGACAUGUGCUGGACAACCCCAGACCAGAGGUGGAGUUAGCCAAACGCUCGCUGUGCUACAAACUGGACCAAGCCAAAAGAUGGAGAGGCGUCCUCUCUUCGAGUGUCCUGUACAGUCCUGUAGAUGAACUCUCUUCUUUAAGCAGCUGUUCUAAACCCUGUACUAAACCUGCACUAACUGAGCAAACAGAUCCGCCUUCGCCAAACCAUCAGAAGUCUCUCACGGGGAGAAACUGCUCAAGCUUAACCGAAAGAUCUCCCACAUUCCUCUAUCACACGGCUACACAAAGUAAUAGUCACCGUCCAAGGCCUCUCAGUCCUCAGUCGUCCGUCGACAGUGAGCUCAGUGUCUCUGAGCUGGAGGACGACUCCAUCUCUAUGAGCUAUAAGCUUCAGGACAUGACUGAUGUGGAGGUCAUGGCACGACUGCAGGAGGAGAGUCUGCGUCAGGAGUACGCGAGCACCGCCGCCACAGCCACGCGCCGCAGUGCUAGUUUUUCGGUGCACGCAGGCGCCCGCAGGAGCAUGAGGAUGGAGGCCGAGCUGGAGGAGGAGGAGGAGGAGGAGGAGUACGAUCAGCUGUCCGCUCCACAGCCGCGGCUCUUCCGGACGUCCUCCAUGCAGCGCAGCACGUCCCACUCCCAGAGCCUCUCCGGCACUCUCUCGUGCCGCCGCAGCCCCUCCACGCCUCAGUACCUCAGCGGCCUGUCCUUCCAGCAGCUGCACAUGCCCAGCCCCAGCUCAGCCACAGACUCCCAGAGCUACAGAGCCAACGCAGACAAGCUACGGAGGAGCAUGCCAAACCUAAUUCGAGCUCCCAGCAUUCCCAGCGUCAUCAGUGUGCCUAACGUCCCCGCUCCGACCGCUCACGUCGCCACGCCGUCCUCAUCUUUGUCGUUACUCCGAAGCAGUCAGAGUUUUGAUUCCCACAGUGGCCUGACCAAGAUACAGUCCGCAAUUCCCUCUCCGGGCCAGUUACAGCAGCGAGUUCAGAGCGUGGGCAACUUCUCGACACGGCCUCCUCUGAAAGCCACGGCCUACGUGAGCCCCACCAUCCAGAGUGCCACCACAAUGCCUUCCUCUGUUAGCCUCAACUCUCUCCCCAGCAGCAGCAUCCCUCUCCCCGGCAAACCCAGCGCCCCUUCCUCCGGUCGCAGCGCUCUACCUCGGCCUGCUUCCUUUGUUGGGACGAGCGGGGCCUCACGCAGUAAAAUUGCCCAGCCCAUGCGCAGUCUCCUGACCCCGCCGAAGAGCGUCUCUGCUCUGAGCGCCCUGCGUGACGGCAGCUGGAGGGACGGCUGCUAUUAAACCCCUCACACUUUACACGUCUCAGGCCCAGCUGGCUGGGCGCAGCUAGACCCGAAGUGGGAAAAAAGUCAACAUCAAGUGAUUCGGAGUUGAAAAGCACUGUUAACAAAUGCAAUACAGCACCACUGCAAUAUGCCCGACGGCUGAAACCCAGAGCAUUAUGCAUACAAGUGUUUACGUGCAAAUAAUUUGCCUAAUCGCAGCACAAUUUUUUUAACCAUCCAAACCAAUUGUCGAAUGAUAUUAACUAUUACACAUGACCGCAAGGACAGUAUUGGUUUCGGUAGAUGUUAUAAUUUAAUAAGCAUAAGUCAUUGUCUCUCAAAUAGCACUUUUACUGUUAACUUGCAUUGUUACUUUAGAUAACGAGUAUUGCCAGAGCAGUACCCGAUUGGUUUCCGUUGCGCAAGUUGCAUUUUUUUAAAUAACGUUGUCGAUUAUGUUGCAACGCGCGGCAAGCGAACUAUAGGGGUGAUCUGAUGCAUUUGUGAAAGCAGACGAAAUGGACCGUGAAGCGCCGUAUAGCGCUGUUGAAGUAGAAAUGCGGCUCGGAGCAAACGGCAGCCGUUUCCAGAUUGUACGUUCACGCGAUGCUCGUGAUGCAGAGCGCCGCGGACAAGACAUUUGCACAUUAAAAGGGGACUUUUGCAUUUCUUUAUUUCGAAGAACUGGUUUACGGUGGAAGGGAAUGGAAAGGAUGCUUUCCAGUGUUGAAUAAAAAGGCUUUUGAACCGAAA